AUGAAUCAACAUGAUCAGUCUGUUGUCGUUGCUCUCGAUUGCAACUUUUCAAGCCCUUUGCUUAAGAAAAAGUUUCAAAACCAACAAGACGACACAAUUCCAUUUUCAUUAAAUUUUCAGUUGAUAAGAGAAUUAGGCGAAUAUCAAGUUUGUGGAGGAGAAGAAACUCAAUUCGAUUGUCCAAACAAUGUUGAUAUAUCCUACAAUCAUAAUUGCAUUCUAGUUUCAGAUAGCAUGAACCAUAGAGUUCAGAUUUUUUCCCUCCAAAAUUUGAAAUAUUUAACAAGUGCAAUAUUUCCAAAAAUGGUUGAAAACGUUCUAGUGGAAAGGAAUGGAUGUGGAAGAUCACAAGAUGCAAUUCUUGUUUCCUGUGAUGAUUAUUGUGUUUACAAAUUGGAUUUAUUGGAAAUUCUCAAUUCAAGAUUGAAAUUAAUUUGGAUUUCUGGAACUGCUAAUGAAUUUGGAGAUGAUGAUUGGGAUCAUUUUGGAUGCCAGAUUGGGAUGAGUCUUAAAUAUGGAAAGAGCAGAGAUGAGAAUGUAAUUAUUCUUUGUGAUCCUUCCAAAUAUAGAAUUUUAUUUGUGCAUUCCAUAAACGGAGAGCCAUUUAAGGAAAUUAACUUUGGACCCAAAACGCCAACGUUUAAUAAUGGGUUAUUAAUUGAACCGUGUUAUGCAUUGAUGCUCCCGAACAGUGAAAGAAUGAUAGUUAAUGAUUGUAGAUGUGGCAGAUUAUUCUUGAUUGACGACAGCUCCUGUCAAUUACUACCUCAUCCAUUUAAUCAACCAAGAAACAAGUUUAGAGGAUUAGAAAUUGAUGAAUCAAGUAAUCAGCUCUUUAUCAUUGAACAUUUUAGUUGUGAAAUCUUCGUCCUUUCAAUUGACCAAAAUUUCACACUAAUUUCCAACUUGAAUGCCAAAUGCACAAACAAAAAAUUGCAAUAUCCACAGGGAUGUUGCCUUAACAGAAAGAGUGGUGAACUUAUCGUUUGUGAUCAAGUCAAUCAUCAAUUAUCAUUUUUCAAAUAA